ACGAGUGAACGACGUGACCCAGAGUCAGUAGGGUCUUAUCCCCGAUCCCUCCAUCGAUCUCAAUGCAACAUCGACAGACUGUCUCGCUUGGUUGUUUUUCUGUUUCGUCUAUUCCUUGAUUGAUUGACCGAUUUGAUAAACUCAUAUACCAUGGCUACCGACCCAGACGGCGACUCCCAAAUGGCCUCCUCGCCUGAAUCCUCCCACGGCCUCUCCGAAGAUUCCCAUCCAGGAACCCGCACUCCAACCAACAAGCUCACCAACCCGCGUCCUCCUCCCUUCGGCGGCUCAGAACUCUCCCCGCCCGGCUCACAAACGCAAACCGCUACUCUGAACUCGCAGGGACAGAUGUCCUUCAACCCAAGCCUAAUUGACUCCCCGCUCGCGACGCAGACAACUCAACAGGUACAACAGCAGCAACAACAGGGAGAGCAGAUGGAUGCGCCGGGCGCGUCAUGGAUGAAUAAAAGGGCGGAGGAGGAGUAUCAGCGCGCGUUGGAGUAUGUGGUUGAUCAGGAGUUCAAUCUGGAUGAAUUCGGGGAUCCGUUUGAUGAGAGGGAUGUCGAGGAGAAGCUGUUUUGAGGGUGGAUCUUGCAUUGUGUGGGUAUAGCGGUGGUGUUUGGGGAGUUGGUGGUUUCUUCUUACUUUUAUUUCUGUGCUUUGGGGAUUGAGGGUGUAUGCAUGAGCUAUGAGCAUGAGAUAUGAGUUUAUUGCAUCUGGAUUGCUAUUCCUUUCGGUUAUUAUAGAGGAGGGAUGAUAAUUGAGACGGAUAGUCAAGAUAGCAUUUGGACUGGGUGCCUUGAACCAGGUUCAAGCCUAUGGGUCUGUAGUAUGUUCUGAUGAAUAGGAUUUGCAAGGCCUUUCGUCACUGUAAGGUUGUUGAAUCCUUCUGCCAUCCUCCAGCACCGACUUUCUUCAGCCCUAAUCAGUG